AUGGCCGGGGCUCGGCGCCUUCCGCCGCCCGCAGCGCUGCGCAGGCGCCGCCGCCCCUCGGCCUCACGGCCCCGUCAUGGCCGCCCGGCAGCGAGUGUUGCAAAACAGGAGCUGUGUGAAAAUCUCCUCCAGCGAGGGUGGGCUUUGUUGAGUAUCCGGCUGAAUCAACGAGAAAAGAGAUUAAUCCGGUAUACAUGUAAGCACAGAACGAAUUUUAUUAAAUGUGGAGAUCCAGGUAAAUAUCAGAGGAUAAAAUAGAUUCUAUUUCUAAGCAUUUUGAUAACACACCUGAAUUAUAGUUGCCUCCCCAAUUCUAUUUUCAAGGAAGAAGGUACAAUAGUGUUGUUUUGAAAUCCUAAAGAUACAGCUGUUUCAUUUUUCCAUUUCCAUAACAAUGUGCCAAGUGUCCCCAGUUACAGCUCCAGGGAUGAGCAACAGAAGGCAAUUCUUCAGUUGUACAGAAAAAGUGCCCAGUUAGAAAGAAAGGUCACACCAAUGCUUUCUUCUCUUCUUUACAAUCAGCUGGGAUCCUGUUUUGAUCCUGCAGUCACCUGGAACAAACACGUUGGACAUAAGAGUUCUGUGAUCAUAAUAUAUGAAGACCUGAAAGGGAACCUGGCUGCCGGUGUAAAGCAGAUAGCUGCAUACUUUGGAUUCUCACCAACAGCUGAGCAGAUCCAGGCCAUUGCAGGAAGGCACACUUUUCAGCCAGUGAGUGUUAAAACUCAGGAGACUCAUGGUGCUGUUGGCUUGAUUCUUUUCCAUAAAGGUGUUUUUGGAGACUGGAAGAAUGUUUUCACUGAAGCUCAGAACCAGAAAUUGGCUACCAAAUUCACCAUGCACUUAGAAGUAGCUAAGUUGGGAGUGAGGUUUAAAUAUGAUGUGUAUUGCAAGGCCUGA